AUGAGCCAACUCCAGAUCCCUUCCUUCGGCAGGAAGAAAUCUGCCCCCAGGCCUGCUAUCACUCCUGCAUCAAAUUCCUCACCGGCUUCAGCAUCUUCCUCCGCUACUCUUUCUAACACCACUCCUUCCACCGAUCCAUCCGCGACGGUUGCUGACCCGGUCGCUAACACGGCGACUGCUAGCCCGAACGUUACCCCCUCUGUCAACAAUCCUCCUGGCUCUACUGCUGCUUCCGCAUGGGAAAAGGCCAAAGGAAAAAGGCAUCAACCCGACAGUGCUCUGAGUAUGGAUGACGUUCCCUUGUCCCAGAGGGUUAGGCCCUCUAGGCCGAAUGUGAUUUCCCUGGCGAGACCUCCUCAAGCUAGGCCCCCCACCCCUUCUGGGCAAGCCUCCGCUUCAGGUGCGGCGCCAUGGAGCCCUCGCUUCGUCCGAACAGACGGAUCGUCUGUGAAACCGACCGAGACCAUGUUCAAAGAUAGUCAGACCGUGAUGGCCUACUACAUGAGUAUGUGGACUCCCAAGGACAUCGAGGUGGCCAAAGGUCUAUCUCAGAGGGAGGUGUUCAGCCGAUUCCCCUUGUCCGCCAUGGAGGUAACUUCUACCCCUUAG